AUGAUGCCAGACGACAAUCCCGUGAACGACCAAAGGAUUUCUUUAUUUUUGAGAAAACUUUGGACAUUGGUCUGCAGUAAAGAAACCGAUAAUGUGAUUACAUGGAGCGAGGAUGGUGACAGUUUUAUCAUCAACAAUCCUGUAGAAUUCUGUAAGGUCCUACCAAGAUAUUUCAAGCAUAAUAACUUUAUGAGUUUUGUACGCCAGUUACACAUAUAUGGUUUUAGUAAAAGAAUAUCUGAUGUUGAUCACACAUCUAAUCAUGGAACAUCUUGUGAAUAUGCUCAUCCAUAUUUUAUGAAGGAACAUCCUUGUUUAUUGUUAUCAAUUAAACAAAAGAGGGGGGAAAAAUUGCAUCAAGGCUUAAAAACCGACAUUGAUUCAAUUGAAACAAUAAGUACAUUGAUAAAAGAAGUGAACUCAGUUAAAGACAAAAAUAAGAUUCUUGAUUCCAAAUUCACUGCUAUGAAACAUGAAAACGAGUGUUUGUGGCGUGAAUUAGCAGUUAUUCGACAAAAGCACAUGAAACAACAAAGAAUUCUCAACCAGCUAAUCCAAUUUUUAGUUACCUUAAGACAACCUAGUACCAAUAAUACAUUGUGUCGAGAAGUAAAAAAUAAUGUUAGAUAUGUUCUUCCUAUUAUGCAUCAUAAGGCAUCAGAAAAGGCAAAUUCUGGAGAAACAUUUACUAAUCCAAAAUAUAAACCAUCUACCUCAUCAGGACCUGUAAUUCAUGAAUUAGAUGCUGCUGAUAUUCUGAAUUCUAAUGAAGAUGGCAGAGUUCAUGGAGGAAUUUUUAAUGAUGCAGUAGAGUCAGAAGGUGUGGUACUUAGUCCUAGCAGUGUCUCACAAAUGUUAAGUAGUCCUGGUGGUUCAACAAUUGAAGAGAUAUUUGCACCGAAUGACAUUAUAUUAAACUCACCAUUAGAUGACUUAAUCAGAGAAGUGUCAGUAUCUCCUACUGAAGAAUUAUCAGAACCAAAAACAACUAUUGUAACUGUUUCUUCGCCUAACCCAGUAACAAAAACAACUACAACCAGUAAUAAAACUUCUAAUUCUAAAAAAAGAACAAAAAAAGACAUUAACCCUACGAAGAAAAAAAAGACAACUCUUACUGAUAAUGUUCAAACCCCAAAACCUGUGCCUUCAUCAGUACCAUAUAUCAUUAAAGUGGAGCCAAUGGGAAAUGAUCCACCGGUAAUUUCUAUUCCCGACAUGGAUUUCAUUGAGCCUGAAGUGACAAUUUCUAAUAAUGAUGACUUAUGGAAUAAUGAAAUAACUUCUAAUUGUGAUAAUAUGCAGCUUGCUAAUCCAGAACCUAGGCAAGUUAAUACGUGUGACGGGAGCGGUUCUGAAUCACCAAAUUUCCUUAAUAAUGUUAUGCAAAAGGAGUCUGUUUCCAAACAAAUUGAUUUGGUUCAAGCUGACUUGGAAAGUUUGUUGAAAGGAUUAAAUGACAAGUACACAUUUGAUGCAAAUAUGUUUCUUAAUUUUAUUAAUGAUGAUCCAACAAAUUUAAAUUUACCUAUGACAUCAGAAGAACAGACACUUAAUGAUGUAAAAAAUGGGUUGAAUGUUACACCAGACAAUCAAAUCGUGUCAUGUCUAUCACCAAAUACUUAUGAUCUAAAUGAUUUAAUGACAGCUUCGGCAGAUUGGACAAUACCAAACACUCCUAUGUCUUUUGAUACAGCAUAUGGAAAUGAUGUAUUAAAUACACCAGUUAUAACUGAUUCUUUAUUAAACACUGACUCGCUUUUUCCAAGUACAUCACCUGAUAGUCUAAAAAAAUAA